CCUGGGCUAUUUAAGCACCCCCAACCUGAGCAGUCGUGGGGGAGGUGGCAGUGUCCCGCUCUUCGACAGCAUGGUCACAGCUGGGCUGUUCAUCCUCAGCGUGGGGGGCAUCGUCCUGCUCCCAGCACUGGCCCCGACAGGCGCCCAGGGCAGCCAGAUCAUCGGGGGGAAGGCAGUGGCACCCCACUCCCGGCCCUUCAUUGCCUCCAUCCAGAUGGACGGGCAGCACGUCUGUGGGGGCUUCCUGGUGUGGCCCAAGUGGGUGAUGACAGCAGCCCACUGCCUCAUUCCUAGGCGCAGCCCCUCGGUGCGCGUGGUGCUGGGCGCCCACCGCCUGGAGGAGCCCGAGGGGUCCCAGCAGAUCUUCAGCGUCACCGAAUCCAUCGCCCACCCGCACUACAGCCCCGCCUUGGUGGACAACGACAUCCGCCUGCUCAGGCUCAACAGGUCGGCCACCCUGAACAAGUUCGUGAAGCGGAUCCGCCUGCCCCGACCCGGCGUUGACCUGAAGCCUGGCACCAUCUGCCACGUCGUGGGCUGGGGGGACACCUCCAACUAUGGUGACCGGCCCAGUGAGCUGAUGGAGACCGGCACCACCAUCGUCAAGCGGAGCCUCUGCAGAACACUGUGGAGGGGCAAGGUCUCCCCCAACAUGCUGUGCGGGGCCAGCCCCAACACCACCCUGCAGGGCGUCUGCGCCGGUGACUCCGGGGGACCCCUGAUCUUCAAGGGAAAGGUCUACGGCAUCGUCUCCUUCUCUGGGCAGCGGUGUGGGGACCGCCGGUACCCCGACAUCUACACCAAGAUCUCCAACUACAUCGCCUGGGUGCACCACACCCUGCGAAGGCAGCACCGGCAGAAGAGGCUGCCAAAGCCCUCGCCGGGGCUGGGAGGGGGUCCUGGGGGCAGGGGGGCCACAGCCCCCCAGCUCUGGGGCAGACACGAGUUCCAGGGACCUUCAUCACCCACCAGCCCCUGCCCACCUUGA